AUGGCCGGUUUUGUGGCCUUGCGCGUCUAUCCUAACUCUCCUGGUUUGAAGGACGUUCUGAACCUCCCUGUUACGAGAGUGCAUCCUCUCCAAAAUGCUCUGCGUGUUGGAAAAGCGAUCUCAAAUGGGAUUCAUGUUCUUUCGCAAACUAAAGUCACCCAUGCGCUGGUUUUACGGCAUUGGCAAUCUCCACGUGCAGAGUAUACCUGUCAACUCAAAAGUCCCAAGCUGAUAUUUCCGGGAUUAUUGACUGGUAGUCUAUAUCAGCUGUUUUCAGCGUCUGGCAGGGAAUUUUGUUUCACAGUUCUGAACGAGUCGCGCGGAUUCCAUGUUGACCAGCCCCUCCGAAAUUGGGGUUCGUUCGUUUGGUUAGGUGGCUGCCAAAACAGGGGAUUGCAUUCCCCUUUCACGAUUUCGUCACCUACUCGCCCCACCACCUGUAGUGUGAGGUGGGGCAUGCUUCAGGAUGGAAGGCAGAGGGAACAAUGGGCAGCAAGGGCCUUUUCCCAUUUGAUUGAACACUUCUCUGGAGAUCGGGAGGUAAAAACAACGCUAUUCGGAACAAGAACGCGCAUACGAAUCAUCACCAGCAGCGAAGGUAAAGAGAGCAGUUCGCAUGACCUCUCUUUCUCGCAACUCUCAGCUCCACGCCUGGCAGCGCUCUCAUAUAAUUAUAAAGACCUAUCUCUAUCCUUCAGUUUUCGAUGCACGCUGGAAUGGCCAAGGCGCAAACAGUAUACCAAAAAUUCCCGUUCCUGGAGCCGAAAGCGACUUGCAGAAUCUCAGCCUGCUGCCUCUAUUUCACCCCCCACAAAAUCCACAAAAUCCACAAAAUCCACAAAAUCCAUGGCCACCACCGCCUAUUGUCGUAACUUCCAACAACAUUUGGCUGACCAUGGCAUCUACUCUCACAAUUUUGUGUACCCCAAUGGCAGAAGACCGGCGAAGCCAAAUAACUGGAAGGAACUCAAUGAGGUUUUAGCGCAACCACGGCCUUCUCUAUCAAAUUUCUCUGAGGAGGAAUUCGAAAAGUUUAUUUUAGCAGACGCACGUGCUUCGAAAGAAAAGCUAGUGAUUUUAUCGGUGAUUCCUCUUAUUGAAGGCAAUGAUGGUGGUCUUAAUUUCAGUGGAGGAGGGUAUCCAUUUGGGAAACUCGCUCCUUUAACUAAUGGGAUGCUGGCUCAUGCUAAACCAGAUCGCUUUUACGGUGCUUCUCCUACACAACUCAACCCUAAAAUACGGAAAGAGCUUAGUAGCUAUGUCGUUCCAUCAACCCAGGGUGACCUCCCAAUACUCCCAAAUUUCUUCUUGGAAGUAAAAGGUCCCGAUGGAUUUCCCGCUGUUGCUAACCGGCAAGCCUGUUACUACGGUGCACUAGGAGCUCGCGGCAUACAUUUCCUUCAGUCAUAUCAACAAGACAAACCAGUUUAUGAUAACAAUGCUUAUACUAUUACUUCAACUUAUGUCGGCGGCCAUCUCAAGUUAUAUGCUACACACCUCGUACAGUCCCCUGAUCUGGACUGCCCUCCUGAAUACGUCAUGACUCAGCUCAAAGGUUGGUCGAUCACCAGUGACCUGGAAACAUUUGUGCGGGGGGUGUCCGCGUACCGGAAUGCUCGAGAUUGGGCGAAGGAAAAAAGGGAUGAAUUUAUUAGGUUGGCAAAUGAACGACACGCAGAGCUUGCAGCGCAAUCUCGAAAUCAAUCAAUAUCUCAGCACCAGAUGGCUUCUGACCCACCCAUUACCCCGGAUGAAUCCAAUGCAUCAACAACGCCUAGUGAAGCAGGGUACCAGGACGCGAACUGGGGCGCCACGACCCCUGACCCCUGUUGA